AUGGCGGCCGUCAAGCGUUUCUUCAGCUCCCCCCGCUUCGCGGUGGCGGGCGCCAGCAAUGACGCUCACAAGUUCGGAUACAAAAUCCUCGCCUGGUAUCAUCAACACUCACUGCCGGUGACACCACUCAAUCCCCGAGCAGCGCAGAUCACCCUGCCCUCGCGUGCUUACGAUACGGUCCCCUCCCCGGCCGCUUUGCCAUCGCCCAAGCAGACUUCCCUGUCAGUUGUGACUCCACCAGCUGUGACCCUUCAGGUACUGCAAGAAGCACACUCGGUGGGAAUUCCUGCAGUCUGGUUGCAGCCGGGUACCUUUGACGACGCCGUGUUGGAUUUUGCUCACAGUCACUUCGAGGCAGUGAUCGCAGGUGACGGGGGACAGGGCGGCGAGGGAUGGUGUGUCCUGGUAGAUGGCGACGAAGGACUAGAAUCUGCUGGAGUUCAAUGGACUAGUCAGAGACUAUUUCUGCUUUCUGUUUUUAUUUUUUUCUCUCUAAUCUCCAUUCCAUCCAAUAUGCACGCCAUAUUCAAAGCCCCGGCGAAGCUCGACCUCUCAAAUGCAUCGCAACUAUUCCAGAUCCCGGCCGAAUCGCUUUACUCUCUUUCAGUCCCUCGCAAGCGACCACGUCGGAAUACCGAAAAGCUAUCGUCUCAGUUCGACGAUUUCACUCCGAUGAUCUCGGGCCUUCGGUCAAUGAGCGGCAACGACUUCACUUCCGCUGAGCUGGACUACCGUCCCAACCGAUACCGCGAAUCGUUCCUCCCACCGUCCUUCGACUCCGACGACGACUCAACCCAAGCAGACAGCGGAAGUCGCAAACGCACCCGUCGCGACUCAUGCAUCGUAUCUCCCAGCGCGGACGGUCCAAGCCUCUCCACCCCGACAGGAUGGGGUCGGUCUGUGAUUAAAGCUGUCGGCAAAGUGCUUGAUCUAUGCUGGACGGGAGCAUUCCGCGGAUUUUAUGCGGGCGGGGGCCAGGGCUAUGACAUGCCCACUGCCUCAGUGCCUCAGGAACCAAGCUGGCAGUCAUCACCCAGCCCAUCUGAAAAAGAGCCCUACUCCAACACCUACUUCUCGACUCCCGUGCCUGGACAAUACCCCGAUGAUGACGUCGAUCGGACCUGGGUUGUAGUUGCUCCCGAGCCAUCAGAUCCAUUCGUUGGUACCGAUCUGCCGAGCCCAUCACUGCGGUCCCGUCGAUCCUACCAGGCUUCCAGUCCCCGUCGUCGAUCCGCCGUCAUGCCCCGGCACGCCAAGAAGCUGUCUUUCUCUGGAGCUCGCUCGCCGACAAAGAGUCAGGAGUUGCCUUCUCCCCGGUCAAAGGAUUCUCCCAUGUCUGCAGACAUGCAGAAACAGGCCGCCAAGAUGCGCCGCAAGGAGCGGGAGGAAGAUGCCAGUAUCCAACGCUUGAACAAACAACUGCAAGCGAUGAUUCGGGAAGGAAAAGAAGCAUUGGGAACCACUGUGGAAGUGGACGAUUAUGACAUGUACGACUCCGACUAA